GCUUCAGUAAUGGCUGCCUGAAAUACUCGAAGUGGUUCAAUUGAUUUUCCCUUUGGCCAAAAAAGAUGUAAGUGCAGUGAUAUGUGGGUGUUUAGACAUUGAGUGAUAGUGCCAGGAGAUGCUCUAGUGUCCUGUCUCGUGAUUGCCAGUGAAUAUUUAUCCACAGAUUGCGGGAAAAUUUGAGAAAACUUCGAGUGUGUCUUUUGUACCUCGACAAACCCCUCAAACCAGGUGGUCAUUUUGUCCAGUGAAACUGUGGUGAUGGAGUCACAGAGAGAUUCACCGAGUCAGGAGAGUAGCCAGCCCAGAGAUGUGACAGAAAACCCCGAAAAUGUGCAGCAGAAUAAGAGGAAGUUGGAGGAGGAGGAUGACGGACGAAAAGUCAAAGCAGGAUGUCAGAGGGAAGAUAUCCCAUCUGAUCCUCCUGAUGUCUUUGAUCCAGGCACCAAACCCUCCACCUCAGACUCAGAGCCCUCGGAUUUGGCGGAGAUUCUGAAGCAGGGAGUGGCAAUGGAGAAACCAAUAAAUCUCGCAGAAAUCCUCCCAACUUCAUCAACUCUCGAGUCUCCUCCAAUCCUUCCCUUCUCCGAUGACUCUCGCUCCGAUCUGGCCAAGCUCACCCAUGACUUUGACAUCUCGGAAAAACUCCGGGAAAUGGGCGAAAUCUCAGUCCAGCCGGUGUCCAAGAGUGACACCAAGAGACUCUCCGAAGUGGACAAAGACGAAGUGUCCGUGGAGAUAACAAAGAAGGGCUGCGAUGAGUCUGAGGACAAGAGAAAGGUCACAAAUCUCCGGAAGAAUAUCCGGGAGGUGAUGGAUGACAAUCAGCUGGAUGCUUCGACUCUGGCUGCCCAGCGCGAAGAGUUGGAGCGUCUGGCCAGGGUGCAGGAGCAACAGAAGAUCAUCCGGGCUGUUCAGAGGCAAAUUGACGCUGAGAAGCAGAACAGCAAAAUGCAGUCGAAAGUGAUUUCACUGCUGCAAGGUCACACGUCGCUGCUGAAGUCUUCAGCUGGCCAGGCGAGUGUGGCUGGGACGAGUGGCGGAGCAGUUCUCAUGAAGGUUCCCUCGAAUGAUUCCAAGCCGCGGAUGGCUAAUCUUACCCCAUCGGUGAGUAUUGCUCCAGUUCGUGGUCCUCUGUCCAGCAGAAGGGACACGCUUGAUGAUGAGGAGGAGCGUGAGAUGAAGAUAAAUGCUCAGAUUGAGGCUGAGGAGGCGGCUGAGAAGGAGGCUCUGCAGAAUGCAAGGAAGGAAGUUGUGACGAUUGUUGAUAGUAGUUCUGAGGAUGAUUGCAUUGUUCUGUCUGAUGAUGAUGAGGAGGAGGAGGAGGCUGAUGAGGAUCCCCACAAUAGUGGGUUGCACGUGAAGGAUGCAUACAAUGUGGCUGAUGAUCAGGGUAGGGUGAUUAUCAAUAUAGGUCAUCCGGAGAAUGAACCGGAUGUCUUUGUUGCACCCCAAAUUGCCCGAAUCAUCAAGCCGCAUCAGAUUGGUGGAGUGAGAUUUUUGUAUGAUAAUAUCAUUGAGAGUUUGGAUCGUUUUGAGACAUCGACGGGUUUUGGGUGUAUUCUGGCCCAUUCGAUGGGCCUGGGCAAGACACUGCAGCUAGUUUGUUUCUGUGAUAUAUUUCUAAGGCACACGAGCUCCAAGACUGUGUUAUGUAUCAUGCCGGUGAAUACGCUGCAGAACUGGAUAGCUGAAUUCAAUAUGUGGCUGCCGGAGAAUGUGGAGAAGAGUCCACUGACGGCCCAUGGAGAGGUCCGUGCGAGGAAUUUUAAGAUUCAUGUUCUUAAUGAUUCGCACAAGAGUCUCUCGGCUCGGUCCAAGGUGGUUCUUGGAUGGGCGAAAGAGGGAGGUGUUUUGAUGAUUGGUUAUGAGAUGUUCAGGUUGCUGAGCAUGAAGAAGAUGGUGAAGAAGCGAAGUAAGAAGGCAGAGAAGGAUCCGAGGGUGCAUCAGGAGCAAUCAGAUGCUCACAAGCAAGUGCUUGAGGAGAUCUAUGAGGCUCUGGUGAAACCCGGACCGGAUCUAGUAGUUUGCGAUGAAGGGCAUCGUAUUAAGAAUUCUCAUGCGAGUAUUUCUGUUGCAUUGAAACAGAUAAAGUCCAAGAGGAGGAUUGUUCUCACGGGAUAUCCGCUGCAGAACAAUCUGAUGGAAUACUGGUGCAUGGUGGAUUUUGUUAGGCCCAAUUAUCUAGGAACUAAGACAGAAUUUGCCAAUAUGUUUGAACGUCCCAUUCAGAAUGGUCAGUGCAUUGACUCUACGCCGAAUGACAUCAAAUUGAUGAGGUAUAGAGCUCAUGUGCUGCAUUCUCUUUUACUGGGCUUUGUCCAGAGACGAUCUCACAUGGUGCUGCAAUGCAGUCUGCCGCAGAAAGAGGAAUACGUUCUGCUGGUCAGAAUGACAAAAUUCCAGAGGAAACUCUAUGAUGUCUUCAUGAAUGAGGUCGUUAGGACAAAAGCUGUUCCCAAUCCGCUGAAAGCUUUUGCAGUUUGCUGCAAAAUCUGGAAUCAUCCGGAUGUUUUGUACAAUUUCCUGAAAAAACGCGAAGCAGAUCUCGAUCUUGAGAUAGAAGUAGCUGAAGCUGCUGCCAAUGGAGAAGUUCCGGUCGGCAAGAAGGGUGCUUCGCCCAAGAAGCCUCGUGCUAAAAAAUCCGGCAAUACGACCAAAACAAUUGAUAUGGAUGGAAAAAUGAAGCCUGCUGCCACCAUUCUGCCAACAACAAAUUCCACAGCGAAUUCCGGAAUGUCAUCCGAAAAAUCAAUUAACGAAGAAAGUCAGCAGAGUUCACAAUCAUCCGAGACACCUUCGGAGGUUCAAAAAACCGAACCUAAUCCAUCAGAAGUGAAAAACGAGCCAAAUAAGGAAGAUUUCAAGCCUCCGGAAGGAAAUUUCAGCGUUUCAUCGAUGGUCGAUUCCAAGCAAAUGAUCAACUAUCCCAAUUACAAUCAAUAUCCAAGCUCCUACAAUUACAAUCAAUAUCCCAAUCAAGAUACCAAGCCACUACCAUCAUAUCCGAAUGUCUACGCAAAUAAUCAAAAUGUCCAGUCUUACUAUCCCAAUCAAUCGUACGGAGACAAUUACAAUUACAAUUUGAAUCAGAAUAUGCCGUACGACGGGAAUUAUUGGCAACAAUCUAAUGACUACAGCUACAACAGUCAGCAAUAUGGCCAAACUUUUGGCAGUUACGACAAUCAGUACAGAGACAAUCGGUCCUAUCCGAUAGAUCAGAAUCAGAGUCAACAGCAAAAUUCUCUCAAUUACAAUCAAUAUCCCUACAAUCCUCCAUCACAGGAUGCACAAGAACCAACUUCCUGGCCAACAAAAGACCCCGCAGAAUCUGCAGAAAAAGCUCCGAAUGACGAUCAAUCAGCAGCAAUCGUUGAUAUGGAUACGAAAGAGAUUAAGCUCGAGGCGAAAUCAAUUAUCCCAGAAGUCGACGAAGCGACUUCAGCAGAAAAAGAUGAAGACGCUACAAAAGAUUGCAAGGAUGAAGCAGUUGAGGAGGCUGAGAAAGAGAGUGUUAAGUCGAGAGAGGAUGUGAUACCCUAUGAUUGGGCCACGGAAUUGAUGAAGGGAUAUGUGGCGGAUUUGUUGGAAAAUUCACCAAAGAUGCAGAUUUUCUUCUGCAUUCUCGAGGAGAGCCUAAAAUUGGGCGAUAGGAUAUUGGUAUUUAGCCAGAGUCUCCUGACACUCAAUCUCAUCGAGAGGUUCCUGCAGAUGACAACACUCACGGGAACAGACAUCAAAUGGGCAAAAAAUGCCAACUACUACCGCCUGGAUGGUUCAACGAGUGCCCUAGAUCGGGAAAAACUAAUCAACGAAUUCAAUUCCAAUCCCAACAUUCAUCUCUUUCUCGUGUCAACACGAGCCGGUUCCCUGGGAAUCAAUCUCGUGGGAGCCAAUCGUGUAAUUGUUUUUGAUGCCAGCUGGAAUCCCUGCCAUGACACUCAGGCUGUCUGCCGAGUGUACAGGUAUGGGCAGAAGAAGCCUUGCUUUGUCUAUCGACUUGUCAUGGAUAAUUGUCUGGAGAAGAAGAUUUAUGAUCGGCAAGUGAAUAAGCAAGGAAUGUCCGAUCGUGUUGUGGACGAAUGCAAUCCCGAUGCACAUCUGUCGAUUAAAGAAGUCACUAGUUUGUGCUGGGACGAUGAAAAGGAUACGGACGAGAAGGAUUUCUCGGAUUCAAAAGACAAAUUUAUUGAUUUGGUGAUGCAGAAAAUUAUCGAAGGACACUCGAAGAUGCUGUCAAAGGAACCGUUUCAGCAUGAGAGUUUGUUGGUGGACAGAAAAGAGAAGAAGCUGUCGCAGGCUGAGAAGAGAUUGGCCCAGAGGGGAUAUGAGUUGGAGAAGCAGGCUUCAGCUAGACCAAGUUAUGGAUACAACAGCGUGGGAACUCAGUAUCGUGCGAUUAGGACACCCGAUGGAUCAAUAGUUCAUCGCCCUGUCGCUUCGGUUCGUCCUAUGCAGGCGGUAAUGAAUGAUCCCACGUGUCGUCAAAAUAUGAUGAAUCGCCAAACACGGUGGAUACCGGCUGAAGUGUGGCAGAGGCAGGGAAUGACGGCACAGGAAAUGACGUUACCACUUGAUGUUGUUAUUCCCACGAGUUCCUCAGAAAAGUCAAAUAUUGUCUUAAAGGCUGGACAAAAGGUGAUGGUACUGAAGUCACCAAAAGGUAUUUAUAUGCAAUUAGAGACUGGAAAGAUUAUUGCCAUUAGGACGGCGUAUAAGAUGAAUUAUGGGAAGGAGGGUAAGCAGGAUUGUGAGAAGAAGAGUUUGCCAAUGGGUCAAGAAAUGAGUGAUAGUGAAACAUUGGCACUUGCUGGACAAAAUAUGCCAAAUGCAGGUGAAGAUGAUAGGGUUAUUGAUUUGGAUAAAGAUGUGGGAAAUGGUAGUGAGAGUCUGGAUGAUUUCCCAGGGACAAAAAUGCAGGAUAUCAAUCAAUUUCAGCGUGAAGGAAGUGAAAAUAAUAAGAGUUCUUCUUCUGAGGGAAAUUCAGGUGGAUUUGGUGGGGGAAAAUAUUUGGGGCCUAGUAUUGGGAAUCAGGGAAAUUUUGUGGAUCAAGGAUCGGCAACAAUACGUCCAGCACCUAAUGAGGCAAUCAAUCAAGGGGGCAUGAAUAACAAUUACGCACCGUACGCAACUCUCGGGCAGCAGAAGAUUGAUGGGAAAAUUAAGGGGAAUAGCAGUGAUGGGAGUGAAAUGGAUAAAAAUUCCGAUGAUGUCAUUAUGCUAUCACCUGAUCCGGCAGAAUCAGAUGGUGGAAAACGUCCUGUUCCGGGGACAUUUGACAGUGGUCCAUAUGCCAAUCAGGGCUACCAUCAAUAUCCACCGUAUCAGCAACAUUACAAUUAUGGGAAUCAUGGGCAAUCACAGUAUUACUCUCAUCAUCAACAAAUGUCCCAUCAACCGCAAAAUCCCUACAAUGCACCUGGGCAAAUGCCUCCGGGCAAUCCGUCGGCUACUCAGACAUCCUUUCCACCGCCCCCAAAUAGCCAGAAUCCACCUAUUCCACCCACAAUCACCAUUGAUGAUGACAAUGAUCCUCCAAUGAGGCAGAAAACUGUCUAUAAACCAAAUCUCAUCGGGAGAAGCAAGAAACCCCUCAAUUACGGAAUGACCCAACAAAUGCCACCCCAGCAGAAUUAUCCUGCUCCAGCCUCAAAUCCACAAUUUCCGACAAAAGCCGGAUAUCGUCUAAAAUCUCCCACAGUCCAUCAUCGUAUGCCCCCGGUUCAGCAUCAAUCCCAAAUGUCACCGUACUACAAACAACCACCAACUUACAGAUCUAGCUCCACAACUUUCGAAUCCUACGGAAAUCCCACUGGGGACUACCAACAGAGUAGCCUGAGUUGCCUAGAACGUACGACAUCGGCUAUUGAUGAGUCAAAGUCAAUGUACAAGGCAUCAUUGUCAAAUAUCACCAAUAGUGCUCCAUUGAGUCCAACAAAUCCCCAAACACCUCAAUUACCCAUUAUUAAUCCCAUUGGCAAUCCAACUAAGGCCAAACAGCCCAAGCCACGAAAUCGCCGGAAAGCCAAUAGCAAAAGUCCAGCAUUGCCAAUUGUCGAUGGCAAGCCAGAUUCACCGGCGAGGAAAGUUUCCACGCCAAAGUCGCCAAAAGGUACCAAUGGACCGCCAGAAGUGACAGGGAAUGCACAGAAUCAGCAACAUCUUCUGCCUGGGCAGUACAAUCCCAGUCAUCCUCCCUACUACACUACACCGCUUGAGCCCAAUUCCUACCAGAAUCAAUCGGCGCAACAGCUAAAUUCCAGGCACAAGGAUUCAACUCCCGGACAUUUUGGAGGCCAUUACAGACAAAGUCAGACAGUGCCACAGACUCCAGUUGUUGAGGCAGCAAAUUAUCCGGCACCUACGACAGCUCCUGAAGUUCCAAUGGCGUCAAGUGCAACUUUUGCACCAUCAACGCAGUCACAACAAUCAAAUUAUGCACCGUACGAGGCUCCUCCUCCAUCUGCUUACAAUGCAGCACCACAAGCUCCUGUUACAGGAUCAGCCUUUCAUCGUCCCGAUAAUACCCCAACCUUUACGAAUCCUCCUCCUGCACCACCCAAUCAUCCAGAUUCCGGUCACUUGCCACCGGCUAAUUAUGCUGGAGGACAGUAUCAGAAUUCGUCGUAUUUGCCACCACAGCAAAAUUCAUCCUACACGUACAAUCCGCCUCCGGGUGGAUACUAUCAUCCUCCUGCUCCGGCUGCCACCCAUUCGUAUCCAUCUUCCGGGGACUAUGAUCCCUCCCGAUAUCAGCCCCUUCCUUCGGCACUGCCACCAGUCCCACCGCCUGCUCCCCAUGAUCCUCAAUAUCCUGGGAAUUCCUAUGGGAAUCCCCCCUACAAUUACCCCGUGUAUCCCGCGCCGGCUGGUCAGGCGCCCCAGACCAAUUCCCAAUGGCAGUAAACCCUUUCUUCGGGCUGUUUUGCCCGAUAAAUCCCUCUACUGUUGAUCCAUUUGCAGUCAGUGGACAGAAAAUUCUACGCACUGAAUUCCCUUACUCAAAAAAUAUCUUUUUUUUUAGAGAUAUCUCUCUUCAAAGUUUAUUUUUCUUUUUUAAAAUAUUUUUUUGAAAUUAUCCUUCGUAAAAGUUUACACAUUUAAUAAUUCCUAUAUGAGAGCAUAUUCUUACAGAAUAUCAAUUUUUUUGAAUUCCAUCAAAUAAUCCAAAUUGGGUUUAAAAAAUUUAAAAAAAAGUUUAUACUACAAUCGAGCAGAAAAUAAAAUUUAGUGUUACAUGCUA